CAGAACGUUCACAAUUCCUUCCAAAACAGCCACAUCGCCUUCCUUCUCUAGCACGUGGCAAACACAGAGCACUCGCCGCUGAUGCAUCCUACUGCGCAGAAGCCCAUCCAGAGCGAGCGUGUAUAUGUGUAACUGGACUGGCUGCGAAAAACAAACUACCAACGUAUCCUCAGUAUCAGUAUUCCUCGGACGGUCGCCAAGUUCCCAAGCUCUGUGCGUGUACUGCGUCUGCAAAAGCGGGCCCGUCCCCUGGUGUGCGUGUGUCCCUCCUUUGCUCCAGGAUGUGCAAGGAAGUGAAGGCUCCUAUCGCUGUCGUCGUCCCAGUGCUGUGCUAAAUGCGUGUAGCGCAUAAAAACAUCUAAACGAAACGUCACGGUCCCGUCAAUCCGAAGGUGGCGAUGGCAAUCCUUUAAAAAAGCUACCCACAACCUUUGCUCCUUGAUUGGCUGCUAGCUGGUACCGAUGGUCCGGAUGGUUCUUCGGGCUGCCGGAGCUACUUCCUGCGCUGCGUCCUCUGUGAGCGUACUGUGAAAGCUGCGUACUGUAGCAAUGAGCAUCCGCUAUGAAACCAUCGGUGUUACAGACACUGCUCGAGCCGGCGACCACCGCACUGGCGGUGCUCAGUAGAAAGCAACAGCAUCAUCACAGACCAUCGCCAACCUGCACCAACAAUCGGCGCGAUGCUGGCGGCGGUGGCCGAGUGGCCGGCGGGCUGCUGCACCCGGUGGAUCGGUGCGGCCGGGCGCCAGUACUCGCCAUCGGGCUGCUGUUUUGCGUCACCGUGUACCUGUACUUCAUGACUGGGACCGAUGUGACCCAGAUGAUCGUGACCAUACCGGCGGACGAUGCGGACCUACCCGGACCAAAAGAUCAAAUUGCAACAAAAUGCACCAAUAACAACGAGCCUGAUGCUGCUGCACUCGCGAGCGCAGACGAACUGCAACUCACCUUCAAUCGAAUUGUUCCGAUCGUUCCCCAAACCAAUGCCUCCACUACUACCACCAUCAUCACCACUACCGCCACCACCACCAACACCACUACCACCAACAACAUUGUCCCUGCGAUCAACAACAACACCAUCACCUCCACCGGUGCGAUACCGACCGAUCCGUACGCUCCAGUGCCGAAGGGCUUUAUCGUGUGGGGACCGGGCUGCCAGAUCAUGGACCUGAACCCGGUAGCUAAGGACGUGAUGCGGCUGUUCAGCAAGGAGCGGUUCGUGCCGUGCAGCCCGAAGCAACCGCUCACGUCGAUCGAGCAGCACUUUGACAACGACACGGUGCUGGUGCGGUACCACCGGGACCAGCUGGACGCGUUCAUGCCGCACUACAUGCGGUACGUCCGGUGCUGCUACCAGAGCAUCGAGCGGGCCGGCACGAAGGAUAAGGCUGAUAAGAAUUUCUGGGUGGGAGAGUGUGUCCCGUUCAACGAAUCGUUCCUAUUGCCACCGUCGGUACGGAACGGUGUGCUGGUACGCUGCAAGGCCGGUGUGUCCGAGUCGAGCAAGUCGAAGAAGGCGAUCUACACCAACGUGCACGCACUGAUCCGGCCGCAGCCGAGCGUGCGCGAGCGUAUGGACAAGUUCCGGGGGCGGACGGAGAAGCGACCGCUCAGCGUGCUGAUGAUCGGCAUCGACAGCAUAUCGCGGCUCAAUCUCAUCCGUGCGAUGCCCCACACGGCCCAGCAUCUGUACGAUACGGGCUGGUUUGAGCUGAAGGGAUACAAUAAGAUUGACGACAACACUUACCCAAACCUGAUGGCGAUCCUGACCGGGUACAACAACUCGCUCGCCUACUCGAUCUGCAACCCGAAGAAGGUCGGCCAGCUCGAGGAGUGCCCGUUCAUGUGGAAGUACUUCGCGGACAGUGGGUACGCGACGGCCUACGCCGAGGACGAGGCCGGCAUCAACACGUUCAACUACCACAAGUACGGGUUUGUGGCGCAACCGACCGACCACUACUUCCGCCCGGUAGCGCUCGCGGCCGAGAAGAACCUCUCGAAGAAGAUGAAAAACUCGCUCACCUUCUGUCUCGGGUAUCAGAACUACGCCGACCACAUCUACCAGUACGCGCUGGACUUUGCGUCGCAGUACCGGACCGAACCGUACUUUGGGCUGUUCUGGACGAACACGUUCAGCCACAACGACAUUAGCGAUCCGUCCUCGAUGGAUCUGCGCAUGAAGUACUACCUGGAGGAGCUGGACGAGCGGGGCAUUCUGAACAGCAGCAUGGUGGUGUUUUUCAGCGAUCACGGGCUACGGUUCGGCCCCGUUCGUAUGCUGCUGACGGGGUGGCUCGAGGAACGGCUGCCGUUUAACUUCAUCUGGCUGCCGGAAUGGUUCCGCGAGGAGCAUCCCGAAAUAGUGCAAGCGCUCAAGAUCAAUCGCAAUCGGCUAACGAACCCGUACGAUUUGCACGCCACACUGAAGCACGUGCUGGAGCUGUCCGGGCGGAUCGACAAUCUGCCCGGUCCGCUCAGCUGCCCCAACUGCCAGAGCAUUUUCGCGGAGGUACCGUGGAAUCGGUCUUGCGAGGAGACGGCCAUCGAAUCGCACUGGUGCACCUGCGCCAACUUCCAGCCGAUCGAUAAGCGUUCGCCCAUGGUGCAGCGGGCGAUCGCGUUCGUGAUUGAUUAUGUGAAUCGCGAUCUGGAGGAGCAUCGUAACAGCACGACGGUGAACUAUGCGUGCGCUAAGCUAGCGGUUGGGUCGAUCACGCUCGCUAAGAUGGCACAUGAACCGAAGGGCCGGCUGCCGUACCGGGACUAUUUGUUGAUCUUUGACGGUAAGCCGGGCGGUGGGAAGUUUGAGUCGACGGUGCGACACUAUCAGGAGCGGGACGCGUUCGAAAUCACUGGGUCGAUCAGUCGGCUGAACGAGUACGCCAGCCAGAGCGAGUGUAUGCAUAUAGACUACCUGCGCAAGUACUGCUACUGCCAGCGAACGAAGCUGUUCUGAGUGAGGUCUGCGGACGUUUGGUGCUUUUGAAGCUGGAGCGAUCUCGGGAAGUUAAAAUGACAGUAAAGAUAGACACGGUGCUUGCCGGGCAACCCAUAUUUGGGAAAAAGGGUUUUUUUUUGUAGUAACGUAGAUAUUAGUAAUUUUUAUCGCGGCCUAAACUAGCUGGAAUAUGCCAUCCUACUGGGGGCAUUUCCUUUUUUCAAACGGCUUAUAAAGCUCUUCUCCUAAACCAUUCCAAUUCAUUUUAGAUAUGGACCUAUCCUGUGCUUUAUGUUGUGAAAUUUAAUUAUUUGUGUUCAAAUCUUCUAGCUUACUCCUAUUUCGGGGGAUGAAGAGUCUCAUUGAACUCAUCGCUUGAACUCUCUAGACAUUAUCGUUAGCAGAACUACUGUAAAGAAAACGAACCUAGAAUCUAACGAACUUCACCAUCACAGCAAAAAAAAAAGAUGAAUCAGACGUUCCUUUUAGAUCAGGACAAGCUGAUCUACUAAAGCUGUUGUAAAACUGUGCCAAGAUGGGUGAUUGGGAAAUGGGCAAUAGGAGAACUUUAGUGAAGCAUUGUGUAGGGUUUAGGCAAAUGUAGCAUCGUGAUCGAGAUAGAGAGUGUAACAGUAGCAAAGCAGAAAAAUAGUGAAUAAUCAAAAUACAGGCAACGAGUGUAAAGCACUAUUGCAAACGAAUUGAAUUCGUAGUGAGGUAGCGCGGUGUAGUGAUCGGAUUGGAGUUACAGUGGAGUCGCUGUGUCUCUCCAACAUUGGUAAAUUACAAGAAACCCAAGCGACAAACGCGCGCUAGUGAGCAGCAUUGAUUAUAUUCCGACACCUUCAUUGUUACUAUGAGAAGAGAAAGAGAGCAAUCUUUCUUUUUUUUUAUUUACUAAACGAUCAAAAGCAUGAUCGUAAGCAUCAGUAACCUUGAUUUUUGCGUGGACCAACAGCAUGCUAGUAGCGCACGAAUGGGGGCUGUAAUGUUGGGGAAGGGUAGCAACGAACGUGAACUUGCAUCGAAAGAAAGGAAUGCGGGAGUCUAUUUUUACUCACCUGUGGGGUAGAUAUCAUAAGGCUUGGCCCCAUCAUAAUGUUGUGAACUAGAAGUUAUAGAACCUUUUAGGAAUUUGAGGGCAAAAUUUAUACAUUCAUUGCAUUGAGAUAGUUGAUUAAGACAAGCGCGCGGGACCGUUCAGAUACGCUUUCAGCCGUUGAAUCAAUAGUGACUAAGAGACGGACAGAGACCAGGAAUCGCACAAGACAACAGAAGAACUACCGCGGACGGGACACGCAUACACAAACCUAAUGAGAAAGAGUGCUAGUGAUUACCUUUAGAAGAAGAAGAAAAACCGAUAGAGAACCCGUAAGAUUUGGAACAUUAAUGUCGACUCCUGCCUUUCGAAGGGCAUGAGACCAUGUUUUGUAAAUAAUUUAAAACAAAAAUCCGAUAAAAUAAUCCAAUCCUCCCCUCCCUCUCCAUACCGUGAUUAGAAACAAAUAUACAACGUUAGACGCAAAUCAAACAAAACACAAAAGGGGGAGCAACACGCAGAUCAGAUGAAAUACACUAUUUUACUUUUUGUUAUUUACGAAGUAGUGGAAUUAUUAAGUGCAGAACAGCGAGUUAAAAUAAAUGGAUUUAGAAGAAUCAAGUGCGAACAAACGA